CAACCAGAGCCCAAAACCAGAGCUGAGUUCCUCAGAUAUUCACGCCAAAUCACACUGGAUCCAAACACAGCACACACACGGCUGUUAUUAUCUGACGGGGACAGAAAAGUGACAAAAACAAGACAGCCUCGGUCUUAUUCUGAUCACCCAGACAGAUUCACUUCACGGUGUCAAGUCCUGAGCAGAGAGAGUCUGACUGGACGUUGUUACUGGGAGGUGGAGCGGAGAGGAGUGGUUUGUUUGGCAGUUGCAUACAAGAAUAUCAGCAGAACAGGGAGCUGGACUGAGUCUGGAUUUGGACACAAUGACAAAUCUUGGGCGUUAUCUCCUUGCACACAAAAUUCUAUUUUUUGGUACAACAACGUCCACACCCCCGUCUCAGGUCCUCUGUCCUCCAGAGUCGGAGUGUACCUGGAUCAGAGUGCAGGUAUUCUGUCCUUCUACAGCGUCUCUGAAACCAUGACUCUCCUCCACAGAGUCCAGACCACGUUCACUCGGCCACUCCAUGCUGGACUUCGUUUAGUUUCUUUCGGAGCCACUACUGAGUUC